AUGCCGCCACUAGGGCCUGGUUGUAAUGCCGUCGAAUCAUCAUCCCUGAACGCCAGGGCAUACUGGCAACCGCAAGCGACAAACUCCCCAUCGCUGCGCACCGGGCCCAGUGCUGGCACUGCAGCGGCCUCCACGGUGACUACAACAGCGACGGUCUACAGAAGCGGCAGUGCAACUGUUUUUGAGCGUCUUGCCGGCGAGUCGAGCAUCGGAAUCUCGAUGAUUGGUAAGCGCGUGCGUCAGUGGGCCGAGGGCGCGGGGCUGAUGUUGCACCCCUCCAACUCUGUGUGGCACGCGCUACUGACGUACUCGAUGGCUCCCCUUAAGUACGAGCGGCUGUGGCGGCGAACAUGUGCCAAGGGACGCUACAGGUUGUCAUUACUCACACGCCCCAAGGUCUGUAACGGCACUAGUUCUGCCGCCGCUUUGCGAGAGCACAACAUUGCGGAGGAGCGCUCGCACGCAGAUCCACAUCAAAAAGCUACUAAUCUUGGGCAGAGAAGCCGAGCGAGGCGGCACUCCAUCCCAUCGACUACACCUGGGGGUCUGAGCGCCUACCGUGUUCAGCAGGAGUACAUGAGGUGGUGUCAAUGGCAGUUGUGGCACUUUUUUGAGCAGGGCAGCAGCUACCUGACAAGUGUGUGGCGCGUGUCACCCCUCCUUUGGCGCCAGCGACGCCACGCCGCUCGCUGUUGUGGCGGCAAAGAGUACACAGCGACCUCUCCUGCAUCGUCAGUGUCACUCAUCUUCGAUGGGCGCUACACGGUGCCGAGCGUGGCAAGUAUCGACGCCGCUCAAGAGGAGCAGAGGACACUGGAAAAGCGCGUGAAGGUCUUGCUGCGUCUUCUGCGGCGAGAAAACGGCUCCUCUGCGCCGGCGAGCACGACGCGCUCUUGCAGCCGCGACAACGGUAGCAACGGAGCAGCAACAGCCGCCCACAGAGCGGAUGACAUUGCCGCCUCUGACCCGGAUGGGGAAGGGGAGGAGGACUGGGAAGAGGAAAACGUGUAUCGCUCUGCGAACCAGACACGCCACCGCAGUGAGGCUGUGGCGGUCACGCAGCCCUUCCUUGACGUGCACAUCGACGAGGCCACGGCCCUCAUGCAUCUGAGCCUGUACAUCAACGGAGACGCCAACGGUAACGGUGCGGAGUUCGUCGGCAGCAGCGUCGCCGGGUGCAUAGACAACCACCGCUGGGUGAUCCUGAAGGGCCUGUGGGCGCGGCAGGUGCUCGUUUUCUGUUUCUAUCGAGGGGAGGGACUGCCGUCGACGACUAAAAAGCAAGUUGACGGACACCUCAAGAGGCAAGGCGGGUAUGAUGAGCAGACGGAGCAAGAUGUGAGCCGUUGCAGCCACAUCGUCGAAGGGCUGGUCGUCAAAGGUGUGGCAUUCACCAAGAUGCACCCGGGGCACACCUUAGCAACCGCUCAGGACACCUUUGCGUGCACUCGCUGCGGACACAAGCGUCGUUGUCAUAAUGUAGCGUACACCUCCAAGCAGACAGGUCGGAUUGUCUGCGGCGUUUACUACUGCGUUGUGUGCCUCACUCGCACGCACCACGUCUGUAUUCCACCCAUGAAGGACCUGCCGACUGUUCUACUCGGGGGGAGCGAGGCGGGCGCGGUGGAGGGUAGUAGGGUCCACCAACUGCGGGGCCUAUCUUCCGUUCGAUCUAGCGCCUCAUUCUCGCGGUCGACGAACACAACUGGGUCAGGCCUGCUUCCAUCGGCCUACGCGCAUUGGUGCAGCGGGAGCGGAUCGCAUGCCGCAGACGCGUCGCAGUUUGCGGUGGAGGACGCAGCCACUGCGAUGCGCGAGUGGACCCGUGCAGCGGCUGCAGCCCCGCGUCCUGCGUGGCUCUUGGGGAGUAAGGUGAACAGCGAUAAGCUCUUUGGUCGGACGCGCGGAUUAGACUGCCCACCUCCGCGACCUCGCGUGUAG